CGGUCUCGAUCCUCAUUUUCUUUUCAUUUCAUUUCCUCUGUCCCUCGCUCUCUCUCGCCUGUUUGGAUUUCACAUUUCUGCAUGAAUUUCAGCAGAUUAAAAGGGAUUUAUUCGAUUUUGGAUGGCUGAUAGCAGAAGAUACGGUUUGAAUCCUCAAUUAGACAUUUCACAGAUAUUGUCAGAAGCGCAAAACCGCUGGCUUCGUCCUAGUGAAGUUUGUGAAAUUCUUCGCAACUACCAAAAGUUUUCUGUGACACCUGAUCCACCUUAUAAGCCUCCUAGUGGUUCUUUGUUCUUGUUUGAUCGAAAAGCACUUCGAUAUUUCCGAAAAGACGGCCACCGUUGGAGGAAGAAGAGAGAUGGGAAAACUGUCCGGGAAGCUCAUGAGAAACUAAAGUCUGGCAGUGUGGAUGUUCUUCAUUGCUAUUAUGCCCAUGGCGAGGACAAUGAGAAUUUCCAGAGGCGAAGUUAUUGGAUGCUUGAUGGGCAGUUAGAGCACAUUGUUCUUGUUCAUUACAGAGAGGUUAAAGAGGGAAACAGAUCUGGCUUCUCCCGUUUGUUAAAUACAGAUCCAGGAACAUUGAAUUACGCUGGAGGUUCUCAAACUUGUUCAGUACCUUGUUCUGCACAGGCGCACUCUCCUGCUCUUGCAGCUCAGCCAUCAUAUGCAUCAAGCCCAAGUACAGCCAACUGGAAUGGACAGGCACGAUCUUCUGAACUCGAAGAUGUGGAUUCUGGCGAUGAUUAUGGAGUUUCUUCUCUCUCUGGGCCUGUCUCUUGUUCUGGAUUUCAGAUUGCUUCUUCACAUGUUAAUAAUUCAAUCAAUAAAAAUACAUUGGAAUCUAGAGGUACCGCAUCUCAUGCUUAUGCAAGGGGAUUGGCAGCUGCUGCUGGGAUGAAUAACAGAUUGCAUGAUCCUUUUAAUGUCAACCAAGUAGCCCCUCCAAGCCUUGUAGCAAAUGAAGGCUAUCAGACCAGUUACGGAGCCUCACAAGAAUCUGGUUUUUCCGAGUCAUCCCGGAAACAACUUGGUGCAGCAUUAUUUGGCGGAACUAGUUUCAAUCAUGAUGUUUUCUCAUCUACAUGGUCUGAGAGUCUCAAAUCUAACAGAAACAUAGCUAGCAUGCACGAGGAGAAGAUUUCGUUUGACCAACCUUAUGGUGCUGAUUUUAUAGCUAGAAAACUGACAGACUCUUCACUGGAUCCUUAUUCGCGAACAUUAAUUGGGGAUGCUGUUCAGGUGCAUGCGAAAGAGGAGAAUGCUGAGCAUGUAGAUUUUGCCAGUGACAAUCACACAGAGAAUGAUAUGAAUUAUAUUAAUACGGUGCGGCAUAAGCCUGAUUUCCACUCAAAUCCUCAAUGUGAAAAUAAGGUUGGAUCUAGUGCAAAUAUCACUGCUAGUGACAGAUCCCUUGGAUUUGAAGCUGAGGGUCACCAGAGUUUAAAGAAUGCUCCAGAAAGCGGUUUAUGCAAUGAUGGAGUGGCCCUGAAAAAACUUGACAGCUUUGGGAGAUGGAUGAGUAAGGAAAUUGGGAAGGACUGUGAUGAUUCACUGAUGGCUUCAGACUCUUGCAACUACUGGAAUUCAAUCGAUACUCAGAAUGAUGAAAAGGAAGUUUCCAGCUUGUCACGUCAUAUGCAGUUGGAUGUUGAUUCACUCGGUCCUUUCCUUUCUCAAGAACAACUGUUUAGCAUUGUCGAUUUCUCUCCUGAUUGGUCUUUUAGAGGGGUUGAAACAAAGGUUUUGAUCUCAGGUACCUUUUUGGGAGGUAGGGGGCAUCCUAGUAGCACUAAGUGGUGCUGUAUGUUUGGGGAAAUUGAGGUUUCUGUGGAAGUUUUGACUAAUAAUGCCCUUCGAUGUCAAGCUCCUGCACACGCUCCUGGACGGGUUCCAUUUUAUAUCACCUGCAGUAAUAGGUUGGCCUGCAGUGAGGUUCGGGAGUUUGAAUAUCGUGAAAAUCCAUCAGGGACUACAUCCUCUGUAGCUGUUAAAAAUGAACUUCAAGAUGAAAUAUGUCUUCAAAUACGCCUUGCAAAGAUGUUAUCCCUUGGAGUAGACAAGAAAUGGCUGGAUUGCUCCAUGGAGAAAUGUGAGAAAUGCAUCCUAAACAGGGAUAUAUUGUCAAUGAGAGGUGAUGAUGUCACUGAGUGGGGCAUGGUUGAAAAGGCUUCCAAGGCCUUGGGAGGCAAUGUUGAAAAUCCUAGAGAGGCAUUGAUCCAGAAAUUGCUGAAGAACAGAUUGUAUGAAUGGCUAGUUUGCAAAGUUCAUGAAGGGGGCAAAGGACCAAACAUUUUGGAUGAUGAUGGUCAAGGAGUUAUACACUUGGCAGCUGCUCUUGGGUAUGAUUGGGCAAUGGGUCCCGUAGUUGCUGCUGGUGUCAGCCCCAGUUUCAGAGAUGCACGUGGCAGGACAGGGCUUCAUUGGGCCGCAUAUUUUGGCAGAGAGGAAACGGUUAUUUCACUUGUUAGAUUGGGUGCAGCCCCGGGUGCAGUGGAGGAUCCGACAUCAUCAUUCCCAGAAGCACGGACAGCUGCUGAUUUGGCAUCAAGCAGAGGCCAUAAAGGGAUUGCUGGAUAUUUGGCUGAAGCAGAUUUGACAAGUCACAAUUCUUCUUUAAGGCUUAAUGAGAGUAUUGCAGAUGGUGUUUCUGCAACUCUUGCUGCAGAGAAGGCCAUUGAGAUUGUCCAGGAGCAAAGCAUUGUUCCUCUAGAUGGAGACAAGGAUAGUCUCUCUCUGAAAGGGCCCCUUGCUGCUGUAAGGAAUUCUGCUCUAGCAGCUGCUCGAAUUCAAUCUGCCUUCCGUGUUCAUUCAUUCCGCCAGAGACAGCUAGCCAAGUGUAGUGAUGAAAAUUCCGAGAUUUCAAGUGAGCUAGUUGUACUUGCCUCUAUGAACAACAGGGCCAAAAAGGUGGGUCACUUCAGUGAUUCUUUAAAUGCUGCAGCCGUCAGAAUCCAACAAAAAUAUCGUGGUUGGAAGGGACGAAAGGAAUUUCUAAAGAUACGCAGCCGAAUUGUGAAAAUUCAGGCACAUGUAAGGGGGCAUCAAGUUCGUAAGCAGUACAAAAAGGUUGUCUGGUCUGUUGGCAUUGUUGAAAAAGCUAUAUUGCGUUGGAGGCGGAAAGGAACUGGACUUCGGGGCUUUCGGGCUGACAAGGCAAUUGGAGAUGCAGAUCCAAAUAGUGGGAAAAUCGAUGAAUACGAGUUCCUGCGUAUUGGACGGAAACAGAAAGAGGCUGGUGUAGAAAAAGCCUUAUCAAGAGUUAGGUCGAUGGUCCGUUCCCAAGAAGCGCGUGACCAAUAUAACAGACUUGUGACAAAUUUUCAGAAAUUAGAGAUGAUGGAUGGUGAAGCAAAAGGAUCAAUAAAAAUUCGAACUUUGGAAGAACAUAAAGCAGAUGAGAAUCUAGGUAUGCCUGACUGACUAAAUUGUGACGGUCUCCUUACACUAAUCUCAUAUCGGGAACCGGGCCUGGCAGCAAUGUCACCAGAUUUAAUUUUUACCUGUAAAGUAUGUCUGACAUAUUUGCCAUAGAUUCUGGUAGAAGGGUUUUGACUGAUAUGGUAAAGGAGGAAAUUGUAUAUGGUAUAGUAAGUUAAUUUCCCUUGUAAGUGUUAUUAUAUAAUCAUUAAGAAAAUAGGCUUAAAUGGCUAACUCUUAACAGAAAAUCCAUGCUUUUUUCGUUA